AUGGGUAGCACCGAUGGCGGUAAUGGCGCGGUCUUCACGCUUGCAGAUGUAUCCAAGCACAACACUCGGGAAGACUGCUGGCUCCUCAUCAAUGACAAGGUAACGUGUCGCUCUCUCUCUCUCUCACACACACACACACAAAUCUUCUUAUUCUUCCAGUCACUGAAUAAUAUCACGGAUAUAUGUUAAGUUACUUGGUGAGUUACCUGAUGCGUUUGGAUGUGAUAUAUUGUGUAUUUUUAUGUCAUUUCCACUUGUUUUUCCUUGGUAUGGUUUUUUUUUUCCUGGAUUCUUGUCACUUUCUGAUUAAUGAAGCUGGAGAGAGGAAACUCGUGCUUGUAGACUUGAUUAUCGGGUUUAGGCUACGUCCAUGAGUCUGCUCAACUUGAAGAUAUGAUUGAAAUGUGUUCGUAUUAGAGUUUUUUUUUCCUAUUAUUUUGCGGUACGCCUGUCAUUCAGAAUCUGCAUGUCAUUCUGAUUAGUCUUCUGUAUUGAAGAAGUACGUCACGAAUAUUUUCAGUUGGGGUUUCGUUCAUGGUCCCAAGUUACAUUUAAUCUUACAGUUCUAGAGUUCCUAGGAGUAGCAUUUUAAUGCUUAUAGAUCUAGAGAUGGAUUGUGCUUUACUAAAAGAUGUAGACUUUUGAUUUUUUCUUUUAAGUUUUAUUGAGAGAUCUAAUGUAAAGUUUAUCUUUGUGGGAAAUAAGCUCCUCAAAGUUCUCUGGAUAGUUUUGCAUUCAGAUGUUUUGACGUUUUUCAUUUUGCAUUUGCAAAUAAAAAUUUGUCUGUCUGUUUCUGUAACUCCUUUAAACCUUAUUCAUAUUAUGUACAAUCUUGAUCUAAUUUUUGACUCGAGGUGAGAUAGAGAUGAUUGUUUUUUUUAAAUGUAACAGCUUGACAGGGUUGAAGGUCUGUAGGUUUAAUCUCUUGACUCCCUUGUCCUUGUCAUCAUUGACUCUGCACGUUCGAAUCAAAGCUCUUGGCAUCAGGUGACCCGAUCAAGAAUUUUCGCUGAAAUUUUCUCCCUCUUCGCUACUCACCUCUUGAAUUUCUUUCAUGUUAAAGUGUUGCGUUUCCUCUUUAGUCACUCAGAAAACUCUGGUCUCUGUCAGCUGAAAUAUUUGUCGUAUUGCUCUGGACUAAGUCUAACAACCUAUUUUCACAUCCUGGGAAAGUAGUAAGCCUGAAUUGCUCUUUCCUUGUAUUAAAAUUUAUCCCCCCCUCUUUCGUCAAGUCUUCUCCCAAUUUCAAUUAUAGUUCUUGAGGUUUCAACAUUCCUGAAUGUAAAUUUUUUGUGUAUUUGUCUCCCAAUAGACUGUCUGCUGGCUAAAAUCCGACGAGUAAAGUUAAGAGCCUCUUAUUUCAUUACAGUUAGUGCAUAUAAACAGCUAAUAGCCUGCUAUUUGCUAUCUUCUCUUCUUUGACGAUAUUUGUUCCAAAGAGCCCCGCUUUCACAGUAUACAGAAUUGUCUUGCGAUUAGAUCCACUCUCCAUGUUCCUUCUGAAAUCAGUUUCUUAUUUGUCUACAUGCUAUGGGCUCACAUUGCCCGGUACUCAGUGCAGCUGCCGAUCUAGGAUCAGCUGCGCUCCUGCCCCCUUCCCUUAGAUUAGCUGCAGAGGUCAAUUUGCUCCGACUCCACAUUCCUUACUUUAGUCUAAUUAGUUAUCAAUUUAGAUUACUUUGGCAUGUAACCUUCAAUUUAUGGGCUAUCAUGGUUAAUUCAUGCUACAUAAGCUUCAACUUCAGCCAAAAAAAUUCCGAUCUCUCUCUCUCUCUCUCUCACUCACUCAUUUUUGUUUUUUGACAACUUUCUUCAGGUCUACGAUGUAACAAAAUUCUUAGAUGAUCAUCCGGGGGGAGAUGAAGUGUUGGUGACUGCAACGGGUAACGCUGCUUGACUCAGCCUCCUUUUCUUCAUGCAAAUUGUCAACGUCAAAUAUUAUUACUUCUAUAAUAACUAGUAUGAUUUCCCUUUUAGGAAAAGAUGCGACUAAUGAUUUUGAAGAUGUGGGGCAUAGCACCACUGCAAGAGCAAUGCUGGAUGAAUACUUUGUGGGGAACAUCAACACUUCAACAGUCUCCUUGAAGCCCAACUACGCCGCACUCAAGCAGCCACAGGACAACCAGGAGAAGGGCUCUGACUUGCUGAUCAAGUUGCUUCAGUUUCUUGUUCCCUUGGCGAUCCUAGGCUUGGCCUUCGCCGUCCGCUUCUACACAAAAUCUGCCUAG